CAUAGAAAAUUAAAUUUAUUAGUUUAUUCGAGUAAAACAAGUCAAAAUAGUAUAUGUCACAUUAUAUUUAACGUUUUUUUUUCGUUCUGCCUGGGGGUGUUGCACCAUCCACCUGGCUCUUAUGGCCAAUUACGCCAUUAAUUGAAUCAGUACUAUCGAAAAUCGAUCGAUUGGCGCUAGAAGCGGCGUCUCGGUUUGUGCAAAGCAAAACAUUGCGAAAUGCCGAUCGCGAUUUUGAAAUCCGUGCGAGAAGUCAGCAGCGAGGACCCGGUCCAUGUGGCCGAGAAUCUGCUAAAGGAGAACGCCGGCAAGAAAUGGAAGACACGAUCGGUCGGCGAGAAAAGCGCCUAUGUGAUACUGGAGUUUGCCGAUCCGCAGCAAGUCACCGGCAUCGAUCUUGGCAAUGAGCACUCCGCCUUCAUUGAGGUGCUGGUCAGCAGGUCGGGCUGCCGGGUGGACGACUUCAAGGAACUGCUUCUCUCCAGCUCCUUCAUGACGCCCAUCGAGAGCAAGAACUCCAGCAACCAGAAUCGUGUGCGCUGCUUCAGCGGCUCAGCCCUGGACUCCACAGUAUUGACCGAGAAAUGGAAGCUGCUUAAGAUCGUCUGCACCCAGCCAUUCAACAAGCACGUCCAGUACGGUCUGUCCUUCGUCAAGGUACACGUGACGGCCCAAGCGACUGCCACAAGUGCCACAGCAGCUGCAUCCAAGCCCAAAUCGCUGUUACCCGAGCGGAUAAUGCAAUUUGGGGCAUACAAGCUGCGGGAGGAGUCGCCAGACUCGGACACGGACACACCAUUAAUGCGUUUCAAGCGUUGGAAGGAUUCGCAGCAGCCAGCAGCUCCUGCCAGCACAGCGGCCGCCAUUCGAGAUGCCUCUGCAGUGAUGCGACGGCUGAGCAACACGAAACCGUCCAGUCCAUCGCCAGCACCAGCACCAGCGCCAGUUUCACGUUCUGCCUCUCCUGCUGGCGAGGGUAAGACGGAUGCAAAGCCGUUGGAUCGCAAUCGAGCCUCACUUUUGUUCGGGGACGACGACGCUGACGAUGAUGCCGAUGAUAAGGAUGCGAGGAAGCAGCGCCUGAGCAAGCACCUUAAGGCCGACAAGGAUAGGCGACGCGUGGAGCAGGAGAAGCUGGAGAGGGAGCGAAGGAAAGAAAAGUCCAAGCGUCAUUCCAUAGACAAGGCACCACCACCAAAAGUGGACAGCCCGAAGCCCAAGGACAGUCCCAGGGACAGAUCAAAGGAGAGCCAAAGGCCCAGGGAUAGCGACAGAUCAAAGGAUAGUCCCAGACCGUCAGCUCAUAAGCGCCACUCAUCGCCGACUCGUGGCGCUGCCACGCCAGCCAAAAAGCUAAAGAUAAAAGAAGCCACCAUCCAGUAUCGACCCUUUAAUCAGCUGCUGCGCGGCGUAGUCUUGGUCAUCAGCGGAAUACAGAAUCCCGAUCGCGCGGACCUUCGCGCAAAAGCAACGGCCAUGGGGGCCAGGUACAAGGCUGACUGGGAGUCUGGCUGCACGCAUCUGAUCUGCGCCUUCAAGAACACACCCAAGUAUAGGGAGGUUCGAGGCAAGGGCAAGAUCGUGACCCGCAGCUGGAUCGAGAAGUGUCAUGCACACAAGAAGUACUUGCCCUGGCGUCGAUAUGCCUUGGACACGGACGAGGUGGGCCAGCCGGAGAGCGAUGAGGAGCUGCACGAUACAUCACUGAAGCCAAAAACCCGGCCAAAGCCGCAGCUGUCUGGCGAUAUUGAAAUGUCUGUUCACGUUCCCACCGAUGUGGUGGUAGAAAUAGAUGAUGCAGAUCAUAGCCAGGAGAACAAUACCAAUGUCACCCACGAUAUCUCCUCCGGCAUCGACACUGAAGAUGAACUGGAGCGCGUUGCACAUGAAAAUAUUCUAAAGAAGGCCAAGGUCGAGCAGCAGCUUAAGCCCAAGUCACGAGAUGUAUACGAUAUUAGCACGGAUGAGGAGGACUAUCUGAAAGAGAAAAAGAAGCAGGUCAAUAAUGAGCUGUAGUCACCUUUAUUUGUUUGUUUAAUUUUAAUUCUGUGUAAGUUUGUUUGUAGAUUCGCUAAUAGUUGUUUCCCUCUGCCCAAGUCUCAAUUGACGCGUGGCAUUUAGUUUUCCACUUGAUGUUUAUGUAUUACGCUCAAAAAAACUUCGAUGUUGUAUUCAGUAAAGCCAUACAGAGAUAA